AUGAAAAAUAGAGCAUACCAUCAUGGAAUUAGAAGUACGCCGUACCAAGCAAUGUUUGGUUGUGAUGUUAAAGUUGGCUUAAGGUUAUCAGUUCUGCCUGUUGAAGCAAUCGAAAGGAUUGAGAAUGAGGAGGAUCUGGAGAAAAUUCAGUUGAAAAAUAACAGUAGCGAACGGCUAGAUGGUUCGACCGCCUUAGUGGUGCGGCAUCUAUUUGUGCAUUCCUUAGAACGUCGAGCAGUUAUGAGCUGGUAGCGUAGGGGUUUUCUAACAUCUGUCAUCGUGCGAAACGAGGAUGAGGAUCAAUUUGUCAAGCCAUUGUUAGGUGGAGGCCGUCAGAUUUUUCGCCUACCUUCGCACAGACCUCCUACUGCAGAAAAAAGAUCAUAUCCGCAAUUGAUAGUUUGGCUGUACUUGAACAAUUGAAUUUCGGAUAACACAGGGGUUAAUUUGAUAUAUGCUAGAGCCCUCAAUCAUCGGACCUUUGUUGAUUCAUCCAUAACUACAUCCUCGCCACCAGGUUUGAGGCGCGGCCCUUCAAGGA